UGGCAGUGCGCGCGCAGGCGGCCAUCGGCAGACGGGGGUCCGCGUCAGGCAGGCGGAAGCGUCGGCGGAGGAGCCCGCAGCGAGCGUCGCACAGCCCCCCGCAGGAGACGGCGCAGCGGAGGAGCAGAGCAGCGAGCCCCCCGGCGUUCCCCGGCCGAUGUGCGGAGCGCGGUGAGGGCCAUGGGGCCGAGCCAUGGGCGCAGCAGCGGCGGGAGCCGGGCGCCGGGCCCCGGCGGGGCCCCCCCGCUCCGCUUCCCCGGGGCCUCCUCGAACGCCUAAGCGCCGCCAUGUCGCCCGGGCUGGGCCGCGUCUCCCCCGGCCAGCCAUGACCGCCGCCUGCACGAUCCUGCUCCUGGCCCUGCGGCUCGCGCCAGUUUUGGCUUCCGAGGACGAGGAGCGCCUGGUGCGAGAUCUUUUUCGGGACUACAACAAGCUGAUCCGGCCCGUGGAAAUAAUGAACAUGACGGUGGAAGUCCAGUUUGGGUUGUCCUUCAUCCAGCUCAUCAACGUGAACGAAAAGAACCAGAUCAUGACGUCCAACGUAUGGCUCCAGCUGGUGUGGACCGACUACCAGCUCAAGUGGGACGAGGCGGACUACGGGGGAAUCUCGGUGUUGCGGCUGCCUCCGGACAAGGUGUGGAAGCCGGACAUCGUCCUGUUCAACAAUGCGGAUGGCAACUACGAGGUGCGCUACAAGUCGAACGUGCUCAUCUACCCGAGCGGGCAAGUGAUGUGGGUGCCGCCGGCCAUCUACCAGAGCUCGUGCACCAUCGACGUGACGUACUUCCCGUUCGACCAGCAGAAGUGCGUCAUGAAGUUCGGCUCGUGGACGUUCAACGGCGACCAAGUGUCCUUAAAGCUGUAUAACGACAACUACUGGGUGGACCUGUCCGACUACUGGAAGAGCGGCACCUGGGACAUCGUGGAGGUGCCGGCCUUCCUGAACCGGCACAACAACAGCAAGCAGAGCCGCCCGACGGAGACGGACAUCUCCUUCUACAUCACCAUCCGGCGCAAGACGCUCUUCUACACGGUGAACCUGAUCCUUCCGACGGUGCUCAUUUCGUUCCUCUGCAUCCUCGUGUUCUACCUGCCGGCCGAAGCUGGCGAGAAGGUCACCCUGGGCAUCUCCAUCCUGCUGUCGCUGGUCGUCUUCCUGCUCCUCGUGUCCAAGAUCCUGCCGCCGACGUCGCUGGUGCUGCCACUGAUCGCCAAGUACCUGCUGUUCACUUUCCUCAUGAACACCAUGUCCAUCCUGGUGACGGUGAUCAUCAUCAACUGGAACUUCCGGGGGCCCCGCACGCACCGCAUGCCCAACUGGAUCCGCGUCCUCUUCCUCAAGUACCUGCCGGCCAUGCUGCUCAUGAAGCGGCCCAACAAGACGCGGCUCCGCUGGAUGAUGGAGAUGCCCGGCGUGGGCAUGCACCACUACCACCCGCGCCAGCCACCGCCCCCGCCGCCUCCGCCGCCCCCACCGCCGCCCCCGCCGCCGCCGCCGCCCCACCUGCUCCAGCCGCCGCCCCUCAAGCCGCACGCGGCGCCUGCCAAGGCGCACGAGUGCCUCGAGCUUGCUGACGUGCACCAUCCCAACUGCGCGCGCAAGCUCGGGGCGCCGCACCCUCCCCCGUCGCUGGGCCGCAGGGACUCCGAGGCCCCGGACUCGGCCAACGCCGACGUGCUCUACCUCAGCCCGGAGGCGUACCGCGCCACCGAGGCCAUCGAGUUCAUCGCCGAGCACCUGCGCUGCGAGGACGAGUACAUUCAGAUCCGGGAGGACUGGAAGUACGUGGCCAUGGUGAUCGACCGGCUGCAGCUGUACAUCUUCUUCGCCGUCACGACGGCCGGCACGAUCGGCAUUCUGCUGGACGCGCCACACAUCUUCCAGUACGUGGACCAGGACAAGGUCAUCGAGAUCCACCGCGGCAAGCCCACGUGAGGCCCCCAGCGAGUAACCCACAAGCAUCUAUACGUAAACACAGGCCAGUAUACUCAGCUGUACAUACCUAGGUCUAGGCGGACUGCUCUUCCCUCGGGUGCCACCGUCUCGGGGCCAGCGGUGGGGCCCCCCGGGGGCCCCGCCCGGGGCCCCGCCAGCUGCGACUUUCGGGCCACCUCUCAAAGUAUCUGGAAGUUGCCACUGUUUGCUCAAGACUGUGCCCCCUGCCGCCAGCGACAUCCGCGGCCGGGCAUCGGGAACGAGCCGCCGCCGCCGAAGCUGCCGCUCCUGCCCAAGGAGCACGCAUGGGGCUCAUGCAACCACAACUCUUUGUACCGUCGUCGUGAGGCCGCGGCGCGCGCGCGCUGCCCCAGCCGCGGCGCGCCCCGGUUGCCGUGGGGGCGGCCUCCGGAGGCGAGGCCCCCCACCCACCCAGCACGCCGCCCCCCGGCGUGGACGACAGCAAGCUCAACUAGAGUAUGUUUGCAUCCGUUUGGAAGACGAGUAAACAUGUUUGUUCUCUCAGC